UGCUGCCGCCGCUUCCGCUCAGCACAGCGAGGGGGAGGCGCUAGCACGGCCCGGCUCGGUACGGCCCGGCCCCGCCACAGCCACCGGCCCCCAGGCGCCUUCGCCCCCAAGCCGGGCCGCGGCGCCGCCAGCCGCUGGCAAUGGACGGCCCUGCUGGCGUGCCCGCCGAGCUGCAAGGCGGCGGGGCGCAGAAGGACAGGGUGCUGACGGCGCAGGAGUGGCUGCACAAGUGGGAAACGGGGUCGGCCGCCUUCCACAAGGAGCACGGGCACCCGCUGCUAGAGAAGUACCUGGACGUGCUCUUAAGCGGCAGGAGUGGCCUGAGGAUAUUUUUCCCACUUUGUGGUAAAGCAGUAGACAUGAAAAGGCUGGCUGACUUAGGACACAGCAUCGUCGGCGUGGACUUCAGCGAGCAAGCACUGAAGGAGUUUUUUGCAGAUCAGAGUCUGCCUUAUUGUGAGGAGCCAGUCCCAGGGAUUGUGGGAGCAAAAAAGUUGAAGAGUACCUCUGGAAACAUCUGUCUGUACUGCUGCAGUAUUUAUGAUUUGUCCAGUGCAAUUGUUGGCAAGUUUGAUGGGGUUUGGGACAGAGGAGCUCUAGUGGCUGUGAAUCCAUGCGACAGACAACGCUAUGCCAGUUUGAUGAUCUCCCUAAUGGAGAAAUAUUCUUCUUAUCUCCUCGUUACUGUUUUAUACGAUCCAAACAAACACAAAGCUUCACCGUGUCCUUUCCAGGCCCACCGUUUUAUGUUCCUGAAUCUGAAGUUAAAAGCUUGUUUGGCAACCACUGUGAAAUUAAGCUUCUCGAAAAAGUCAGUGACUUCUCAGACAGACACAGGCAAUGGGGACUAGAUUAUUUUCUGGAGACUCUGUUUGUACUAAAGUUUGUAGCUUGAUUAAAAUCCAUUAAAACAA